UUAAGGAAGUGGCUCAGCUGACCUUUGGAUCGUACUUGUGUUGUUAUUCAUUUGCAUUUGGCGUUGCUAAUUAACGUUACCGACGGAGGUCAUGGAAAGCAAGAUUGAAAUCAUGGCAACAGAGGGGGAGCCUGCGGACUUGGUGAAAGUUCUUCACCUUCUGGUGCUCUCCUUCUCCUGGGGUAUGCAGGUCUGGGUCUCCUUCAUAGCAGGUUUUGCAUUGGUGCGGCAGGUCAGUCGGCACACCUUUGGCCUGGUGCAGAGCAAGCUCUUCCCUCUGUACUUCUACUGUCUGCUGGGCAGCAGCGGGAUCAGCCUGGCCGUGUACGCCGUGUACGCCGUGUACCACCCCAUGGAGCUGCUGGACUGGCACGAGAGCGUGCGGAUGGUCCUGUACUUCGUGGCGCUGGUCACGGCGGGCCUGAACGCCCAGUGGUUGGGCCCGGCGGCCACCGAGGUGAUGUUCCAGAUGAGGGAGGUGGAGACGGAGCACAGCCUCGGGGACCAGAUCGGCCUGGGCAGCCAGAAGGAGGCUUACGCCAAACUCCGAGAGCAGGACCCCAAGUACAAGGCCUACAAGCGCACGUUUGGCCGCUACCACGGCUUGUCCCAGCUCUGCAACCUGAUAGGGUUCAUCUGCACCACAACUAACUUGAUCUACAUGGCUCUGAAUUUAUCCAGCAUUUAGAGAGGGCUAGGUUUAAUCCAGUGGACUUGAGUUAAAAACGCCCCAAUUACACAGAGUUUUGCUUUCCUGCUGCAGCAGAGUCUUUAUGAGGGAGAAUGCCUUUGUUGCUAUUUAGCAUCCCCAAAAUAAAAAACCCACCAUUGCUGUUUUCUUUUAUCCAUCAGCACUUUUCAUCCAGUCAAUCAGUAACUCGGCUGUCUCAAAGGAUGUAUUUUUAUGCAUUUUUAUAUUUGUUUUUAGCGUUUGAUUAUAUUUAGCAUUUGAUUAUAUUGCUCAUGAUCACAUUUAAGAACAAAAUGUAUUUUUAAAAAAAAGACACUUACCUCAGGUGCUGUGUGGGCAGUUUACUCACAUCCCCAGCAGUGGGCGAUGUUUGGACGCAGGUGUAUUCAGAGGAAAGUUCGUUGCUGAUGUUGCAGCAUAGAUUAGUGCAUUUGUAUUUGUAAAAUAGUGUGUUUCCUGAUAUUUCAAUAAAAAAUUAAUGGUAAUUU